UCAUUCAUUCAAUAUGGCUUGGGAUUGGACAGGAGUUAAAUUUUUACUCUUAUUGACCAAUAUCAGGAGGUAUGAGGAUUCAAGGGGCAGAAGUGACAGAAGUGACUAUCAGGAGGAAAAAAACUAGACUUGCUAUUCGUCUCGAACACUUUCGUAAGUGUUCAUUUUUCACUAUUAUUGAUCUAUAUCAGUGGAGGAUUGUGGUAGAAAUUAGUUCGUGGACUGCGAUCAAUCCUGGAGUCGUCCAAUAGCUAAUUUUUUUCUUUCGAUCCCUGUACGUGCCAGAUAAUAGCUUUUAGAAGUGAGCUUCUGUCGAAUCCCAAAGACAUAUCAGGCCAGAUACAAGAGCACACUUCUGCCAUCUUAACCCAGAUGCACAUCAUAUUGGCAAAUAGUCAAAAUUUAGCUUUUGUGAAACAUAUCUGACGGUAAACUAAAGAUGGUUCGUUCCUUGAAAAGUUGAGCUCUUGUAUCAGGAUGACAUCUAUAGAUUUCGCCUUCAAAAGAGGUUAGGUUGCAUUUCGUUAUUCAAUAUUGUAUCAGAACGAAAUUAAUCUAAAUGCUUUUCUUUUCUUUUUUUUACUUUGAGUAAAUAAGUAAUAACACAUGUUUUGAAAAUAGAAUUGUACAUUUGAAGGCAUUUUGUGAAACGUAAAUAUUUUCGAUGAUAAAAUCAUGGGUCGGACGGCUGGAAGGGAAGGACAUUUGAGACUUUUUGACGGCUGGCGGUCAGGGUUUUCUCUUGAUUGUGAAAUCGGAGAUGAGCCGUUGCUGGGCGGUUUGGUUCAUCUUCGGUUCGGCGUUCGGAGCGUUGCAGCCGACGUUGUACGUCGUCCAGAAUUUGAUACGGGAUACGAAUCAGAUCUUCUGCAUGGGGGGGAUGGUUUCAAGCCGGACGAUCCUCACGGCGUGUACGUGCGUCGGACGAUUCCUCUUCGACAAGGAGAAAGAAUUUUACCUUUUCGACCAGUACGACCCGAGACACACCAUCAUCAAGACUACCUCGGGGCAGACGUUCGAGAUCGAAAAGUCCAUCGUGAGCGGCCACUGCAUGCCGAGCUAUUGGGACAAGGAGCAUUUAUACAAUAACCUCGGCGGUUGGAAGAUCGAAAGCUCCUUCGACCUCUCUGCCAACUGUGUCCUCUUUCCUCCUGACCAACAAGGCGAGCUCCAAAUGUCCUCCGACGAGAACGGCUAUGUUGACUGCUACUUACUCGGAUUCGACACCAAGGAAAAAAUGAUCCAGUACAGUAUUCUCCAUGUGCCCGAAGACCAGGAGAGCUGCACCCACUUCCUGUGCGUCGUCUACGGCAAAUCGAAGAAAAUCGACUGCGACCAGUUGCAAAGUAGCGUCUCAACGGGGACAAACAAAUGUUCUACGAUCGACCGGGGUUUAGGGGGGGGGGCCUAGCCUAGCCACCGGCUCACCCGUCUUAUGCAAGGUACAGAACGAGUACCACAUAUUGGGCGUCACGUCGGAACUGGAGGUCCAGAACAUACUCAUGUCGAGAAUCGACAUAAAGCCCAACCUGGCUUUCUACAAAAAAGUUUACAUGGGAAGGAACGAGGCCGGGAGGCUGCAGAUUUCAGGGGUCGCUCUUCUCCUCGCCGUCAAAUGGACCAUCUGAUUUCUUCCGACGACAUCGACCGAAACCAUCACUGUCUCGAGAAGGGGGACAGUUUAAAAUGAAAUAAAGCCUUUUAACAUUGAACUAUAUCCUUAUUUUCCCCUAAAUUCUUUCAACGACAAACGCACAACAUCACACAACUAAUUUUUUUUAAAGCUCCUAAAAAACAUCUGAUUUUUUAAACUUUCCCCAACCUAUUGACAUGAUUUUCACUUCUUUUUUUGGGUGGAAGAUGGACCAGUCUGGAUGAGAGACUGAUUAAACAUUUUAAGAUUGUACCUUGGGUCUUUUAUUGGAAAAAUGGCCAGGUGGAUUUGAGGGCGGUUAGGAAGAGGACUGCCGAGGUGAUCCUGAUGCAGCUGGCGUUGCUGCCGCCCAUGUGGACGUUUCUGUAGAACUCCUAGUUUGGAUGGAUGUCUGUCCUCGUCAUUAAGAGGGCCGAGGAGAGACGUUCCAUCCCGAAAACGGAGAUGUAGUACUCCGCGUUGAUGUUGCAGUGAACUGAGGUGCCCUUCAUGAAGUCGACCUGGCCCUCCCUGCCCGUGAAGCCGCACUUAUUCGGCCCGUUGAGUACGGAAUAUUGUAUUUUCUCGCAGUCGAUAUCCUUUCCUCUGCUUAAGUGUCCGAAGAAGGUGCUAACACAGGCCAGCUGUUCCUUCUGGAUGAAUAUCCCCAGGCGUAAAAUCUUCUUAGAAGCCUUAUUGAAUCCGACCAUGUGGCAGGCGCGCACUUUCCCAUAGAGACUCACGUUAAAGCUGAGCUUGCUGUCCCUGUCUAAGGGCUGGAGAUCCUCAAGUCGCCGAGGUUGGUGUGGAAAAGCUGCUUGUCCCACUUGCACGGCGGGCACUGCCCAUUGAUGAUGGCCUCGAUCUCGAAUAUCUCGUCCUGUUGAUCAUGAUCAACUCGUUUUUCCUGUCGAACUCUUUGAUGACGUUGUAGUUGUCCUCUUCGUAACGAAAGAUGCCGAUGCAAGAGCACGUCGCCUCCCGGCUCUCGAGUUGCAUUGCGUACAGGACGAAAACGCUCACGCGUCCGUCGGAAGUGGCCCGACUCCUAAAACCAAUACAACGUCCAAAACGUCCACAAUUCCAUCACCCGACCGCCACCAAAGUCAAAAACCUUUACAGAACAAACAGACUCAAUCCCACAGACUAUUCCUUCUUUUUCUUUAGGUGGUACAAAUAUUAAAAAACAAC